AUGUUUGGGCCCCCCCACAACACUUCCAGCUCUGGGGGGGCUGCUGGGGUAGAGCGGGGGGGCUGGGGCCCGGACCCCGGCGCUCUCUCUCCCUGCUCUGGGGGGGCUGUGCCCCCCAGCACCGCCAUGGAGGCAGACCUGAAGGACGUGGAGCUGAACGAGCUGGAGCCCGAGAAGCAACCCAUGACACCCGCCAGUCCGGGAAGCCCGGAGAAGAACGGGGCCGUGAAGGUGAAGGUGGCUGAGGACGAGGAGGACGAGGGCGCCCCCAAGUUCACAGGGCUCUCCAAGGAGGAGCUGCUGCGGGCAGCCGGCACCCCGGGCUGGGUCCGGGCCCGCUGGGCCCUCCUCAUCCUCUUCUGGCUGGGCUGGCUGGGCAUGCUGGCGGGCGCCGUGCUCAUCAUCGUCCAGGCCCCCCGCUGCCGGCCGCUGCCACCCCAGACCUGGUGGCACAAAGGAGGCCUCUACCGCAUCCAGCCCAUGGAGGCUUUUCGGGACUCGAAGGGUGGCAACGCUGGGGACUUGGCAGGUGUGAAGGAGAAGCUGGAUUACGUGGCAGCGCUGGGGGUGCAGGGGCUGGUGCUGGGCCCCCUGCAUGACACCAAACGUGACAGCCCCAAGGACACCAACCUGCAGAAACUCCACCCCCAACUGGGCUCCAAUGAGACCCUUGCCCAACUGCUCGAGGCUGCCAAGAAGAAAGGCCUCAAGGUGAUCCUGGACCUGACCCCCAACUACCAGGGGCAGCAGCGCUGGUUUGGCCCUGGCGUCGCUAACAGCACCCAGUUCCAGAAGCAGUUCAAGGAGGCAAUGACCUUCUGGCUGAAUCAGGGCAUCUCAGGGUUCCAGCUGGAGGCCGUGGAUGAGCUGAAUGACUCCCAGUUUGUGGCCGACUUGCACAACAUCACGCAGGAAGCCAGUGCCAAUGGCAACGCCAGGGUGUUCAUUGUGGGUAUUGAGGAGAAGGACCCAGGGCGCAUCCUGGUAUGGCUGAAUGAGACCAGCGCCGACCUGCUGGUCAGCCCCUACCUGGAGGAGUUAGGCCACGAGCCCACGGGGGAGAAGCUGGCCAAGACCGUGAGCAACUACAUCAAGGCUGCAGGGGCCGCCUGGCCGGCUUGGAGCGGCGGGUCGUGGCACCUGGCAGACCUGGUGGCCGAGCGCCUCCUGCCGCUCUACCACCUGCUGCUCUUCACCCUGCCUGGGACCCCCUUGUUGCGCUAUGGCGAUGAGAUCGGCCUGCGGCACUUUGCCAACAAGGUGGACCCCCCUCAAAUGCCAUGGGAUGACAGGGCCCCAGGCCCUGCCCCCAGUCCUGCCCCCGCUCUCCCCCCCAGCCUCAACAGCACUGCCCAGGAGCAGAUGCUGCAGCUGCUGCGGGAGCUGAGCGAGCUGCGGGGCAAGGAGCGCUCGCUGCUGCACGGGGACCUGGAUUCAGUGCUCCUCACGUCGGGGGCCUGGGGCUACCUGCGCCGCUGGGACCAGAGCGCCCGCUUCCUCGUGUUGCUGAACCCGGGGAAGGAGCAUGCCUCAGCCACCCCCCGCGACCCGCUGCAGCUGCUCACGGCCGGCACUGUGGAGCUCAGCACCUGUCCCCAGCGCCUGCGCGGUGACCAGCUCAGCCUGUCGGAGCUCAUGCUUGCUCCUGCCGAGGGGCUGCUGCUGCGUAUCCCCUACCAGGCCUAGUAGGGACCCCCCUUCCCUUGGCCUGGGGGGCCACAGAGCUCAUUUUCCGCCUUCCACAGAGCCCAGCUCCUUCUCCUGGUCUGGGGAACCCAUAGUUUCCCCCCCAGUUCCAGCUGAGGGGCCCACAGCCGGCCCCUACCGACCUGGAAGACAUGGCUCCCCCUACUCCACCACGGGAGACCCACAGAGCUCCUAUCCCAGCCCCUGGCCCCAGGGUCUGGGGAUCCCCCAUCCAUGGUGCAUGUACUGGGGGGGUGCACGGCUGCUCCCCACCCCUGGGGGGACAGUGGUAUGGACAUGGUUAAUAAAACACUCCCUGCUUCUGCUCUGC